AUGUGGGCGCUCACAGAGAGUGGGCUGGAGAUACAGCAAGACUGCGACACCAGCAGCAGCAGUAGCGACUCCGAGAACGAAGACGCCGAAAAAGGCAUGUGCAGGGGGGUGGUUCCAGCACUCGAGGAAGUCUCAUGCGCAUGCCCCUUGUCUUCUUCAGCGGCUUCCAUUGGCAACAAUAGUGCCGCCUCCUCCUUGGUUGCAGUAGCUGAUGGUAUUCUGGCGUACAAAGGCUUAGGAGUUUCUCAGCUCGACGCAGCUUGGCGACUAGAGCCGAGGGAGUACUGCGUGAUCAUCGACGAGCGUACCAAGUGCCUUUCCAUCGUGCCAAGCGGUCGCCUCACCUUUUUCCUCCAGGAGUCUCCUGCACAGAGGGCUCAAGACUUUUUCGCGUUGCAGAGGGAGGAGAUGCAGCGUGGCGCUGACUGCCUUCGCAUGGCACUGCAUGCAAAGUCGCUGGCUGUACGAACUUUGCUGGAAGCCAACUGCCACUUGUCGCCGCAACAGCUCAAGCACACCCAGCAGGCACGUCUGCAGCUGCAGCAAACCGGCUCUUGGGAAGGUGCCGCCUUCGCAGCUCGAGGGGUUCCCGUCACCGAAGUGCAACUUGCGGUGUCUAGACAGCUCGCCCGCGGCGCUUCCCGGCCCAUAACCAACAAGGCGGAUUUCGAGAAUUUCUUCGCCAAGGCACCCAACAGCACAGCCACUGCAGCUGCUGCUGCGUCUGCUGCUCAUGGACUGUCGAGGGCUUUGCUGCGGAGAGUGCAUGCAGCGGCGAUAGCAGCAGAAGCAGCCGCAGUCUCUCUGCAAGAUGGGAUAUGCAGGAAGGAGAUCUUCGAAAAGGAAAUUCUCCCUGCUAUUCUAAGGACCUACUACGCGGAGUCUUUCCCUCUCCUUGCAGGUUGUUACUUGACGGUUAGGGCUGUUUACGCAUCGCACCAGCAGGACGAGCAGAAGACGCGCAAUCAAGCGCGCGCCAUGACAGGCGGAACGAAUCGCGAUCCCAGUGCCGGCAUGUCGUCUGUUGCUUUGCUGAAGCAGUACAGCGCAUGUCGAGACGCGAGAGACACCGCUGCUGCGGCUGCUUUAGGGACUGCAUCAAGAGGAAAUGCAAGUGCUGCUUCCUCUUCGGCUGUCAUCGCAGAGAAGCAGCAGCAAAUAGUGCAGCGCAUGCUGCCGAGGUUUAAUUCGAAAGCCACCUGUGUUGAGGAGCUUUUCUGCCUAAACGAUGUCGUCCCUUUGCAGUUGUUGAAUGACGGCUCCAUGCACACAGGAACUGCCGCUUCUCCGCUGCUGCAGCUCCUGCAAGAGCAGCAGCAGCACACGGAGGAGCAACAGCAGCAGGCAGCAGCGUGGGGACCUUUUGUCAUCGCUGCAGCGAAGCAUGCGGCGUUGCAGAGGCGUGUCGGCGCCGAUCACCACUUGAGUAAACAGCUGGAUCUCCCCCAGUUGGCAAGGCUGCUCAAGAUUCUCAAGUUCCUCUGCGUGCUGCUCAAGAAGCAAAGACGCACUUUUGCAAACCAAAAAGACCUAGAGAAGCAGCUGCGCGUGGGAGAGGAAGGGCCUGGUGCCGCAGUAACUGCCUGGCUGCAGUCCGAGUACCUUCUUAAGAAUGAAAACGACAAGUAUUCAAUGCCAAAAGCGUAUCAGACGAAAGUACUUGCAACGAUUCUAUGGAGCUGUUGCGCCUUGUCUGCGGAUUUCAAGUUCGAUUUCUCUUCUCUUCUAGAGACCGAGUUCAACAACGAGAAAACUGCCAACUUCGCGGCUUGUGCGAGCUUGAUUGGCAUGAAGCCGUCGCGCGGCAAUAAAAACGAGUAUCAGUUGUGUUUCCCCUCGCCUCUAGCGAGUCUCGAGGAGGCCUCUGAUCUGUCUAAGGCGGUGCAGUCCGUCUUGCAGGAAAAGAAGCGGCGCUAG